AGGUCCGUCUCUUUCCCAUCACUCAAGGUUUCCUUUCUUCCCUUUUUAAUUCGUAAUGUCUUAUGUUUUCCUGCUUUCAAAUUCAUUUCAACCCUAAAAACUCUUAAACCCCUUUUUUUUCAUCUCUUAUUAUUGAUAUUGAUUAUUAUUCAAGCAUCAAGCAAUGCAAUCCCUCAAGUUACGUUCUCUUCUUUUUUAUUCUCCUUUCAAUUACUCACUUCAUCCCUUUCUCUUUUCAUUUUCUACUGCUUCUUUAUCAACCCCAAAUCAAACCACUAUUCUCCACGAUUUCCUCAAUUCCAAUUUCAAUUUCCCCAAAUCUCAAUCCCUUUAUAUCUCUAAACGCAUUUCAUCUGACACCCUCCCUCUAAAGCCCUUAUCCGUCCUCAACUUUUUCAAACAAAUUGGAUUAUCCGAAUCUCAGAUUCACUCUAUUAUUCGUCAGAGAGCUCAAAUACUCUUCUCAGAUGUUGAUAAAACUCUAAAACCUAAAAUUCACCUCUUUCAACAAUUGGGUUUCCAAUGUUCGGAUUUAUGCGAUUUCAUUUCCAAACAUCCCACCAUUUUGACUGCUAGUUUGAACAAAACAUUGGUACCCUCCGUCGAAGCCAUUCGAAAAAUUGUUGGCAACGAAAAAGAUCUUAUUCAUGUUUUGUGCAAAUGUGGUAGGAUACUCCCAAAGUACCAACUUUUUGUCGCCAACGCCGCUUUCCUAGAGAGAUGGGGAAUUUUUGGUGAUCAGCUUUUGAUUCUACUCAAACGACAGUCGAGACUUUUGACUGCCACACAAUCUUCUAUUAGGAACUAUGUUUUGCAAGCUGUAGACUUGGGUUUCGAAGAAAAUUCAAGAAUGUUGGUUCACGCGCUUCAUACCUUAUCUGGUUUGAAUCCUAAAACAUUUAGGAGAAAGAUGGAUUUUAUUCAGGGUUUCGGGUUUUCUAAAGAUGAGUGCUUGCAAAUGUUUAAAAAGGCUCCAGCUUUGCUUAGGACUUCGGAGAAGAAAUUAAAGGUUGGAAUGGAAUUCUUCUUGAAGACAGUAAUGCUGCCAAAGUCAGCGUUGGUUCAACGGCCUGUGAUUUUGAUGUAUAGCAUCGAGGAUCGAGUGUUUCCUCGGUAUAGAGUUUUUCAGCUUUUGAAAGCACAAAAUCUAUGUAGGAAGGUUCCAAGCUUUAUUCAUGUGUUAUGUUUGUCCGAGGACAUGUUCUUGGACAAGUAUAUAUCAAGGUUUAAAGAAAAUGCAGAGCCAUUGUUGAUAGCGUACAAGGAGGAGCACUAUCAAGAAGCAUAAUAUCGAUCUCUUGAUGAUGCUGUAUUUUGCACACUUCUUUACAGAAAGCAUUAGGCAAUUUUGGGGAUCACAACUUUGUUGGUACUUAAGGUUUACCUCCUUUCCAAUUACUAUGAGAUACAUAUUUUGAUGGAAAUAUAGUCGGGUUGCAAGGUCAAUUGUCAGGCUCAUCCUCUGUGGACCCAUUAACAAGUUCAGUUGCAGAUUUGAAUACCGAAGAACUGUGUAUUGUGCAUGGUGAUGGCUUUUCUGGUUUGUCAAGUGAUGAGCUAAAAUCAGAAAAAGACGUGGUUGAACUUGUGGAGUCAACUGAUGGCAUUGUAGCUAAACAUGUGAAGGAGCUUCUGAAAUAGUAGUUAUUAAUUCAGUUUUCUUGGAUCAUGAAGUUGGUGAUGGAGAUGGUAAUCCGGAGGAAAAGAAGGGAUCUGAGUUCCUUACUCUGCUGUCCCAAAACGAACUUCCUCUAGAAGUAAACUUGUCUAUAAUCACAAACGAGGCUCAGGAAGAAUCUGCACAUGCGGUACAGUUCACGACUUGUAGAGAUGUCGAGGUUUUGCAGGAAAAGGAAGACAUGAAUGUUAAUAUUCAUCCACUUCAUGUGCUUGAUGACACACUUGAUGUAGCUUAUCCUCAGAGCGAGUCAUUGAAACGCGAGGAAGAUGUUACCAAGGAAGAUAAUUUUCAUUUCAACAGAAGCCAAUUGAGCGAUAAAAGCAGUGUCCUUUCUUCAGAUAUGCAUGUUAUAGGUAGUAACAUGGAAACUGAAAUUGGAGCAUCUAUGAAAACUGAGAUGAAUGAAAAUUAUUUUUCUGAUGAGCGUGGAUCUGAUGACUUUCAGAAAAUUCUCAACCUGAAGGUAGUUUAAUAGUCACAUCAAAUGAGAGUCAGAAGGAGGCGUGGCGAUGAAACAAUCAACAUCAACAAUAUAAGUCAUCAUGUGAAAACCACAACUGAAAUAAAUGAUGUAUCUGUAGAUGGAAGGCAUGUUGGAGCUAAUGUGGAAAAUGACACUGAAAUUAUAUUGAAAGAUUUUCAACCUAGUGACCUCUUUCAAU